AUGUAUUGGUCGUCGAUCGUCCCAGCAGUACUCGGGCUGCUCUCGCUCGCUCGCACGGCCAGUGCCGCGUGCUCCGGCUCUUUAGGAUCGGGAACGGCCGCUGCCAGCGAUCCAUUCUGGCUUGAAUCUAUCACGCAUCAAGGCGUCGCGCCGAACAGUGGUGUGUCGGGCUAUACCGUCUUCAGGAACGUGAAGGACUUCGGCGCCAAGGGUGACGGCUCCACGGACGACACGGCUGCAAUCAACGAUGCGAUCUCCUCUGGUAGUCGCUGUGGAGGAGGCACCUGCAACUCUACUACGACCACUCCGGCGCUUGUUUACUUCCCAUCUGGGACCUACAAAGUCUCCAGCCCCAUCUUUGCGUACUACUUCACGCAGCUCAUCGGCGAUGCUAAGAACCCUCCGACCCUCCAGGCGUCGGCUGACUUCGCGGGUAUCGCCGUCAUCGACGCGGACCCCUACCUGGACGGCGGCGCGAACUGGUACACGAACCAGAACAACUUCUUCCGAUCCGUGAGGAACUUCGUCAUCGACCUGACCCAGAUGCCGGCGACAUCUGGUACCGGUAUCCACUGGCAAGUCUCCCAAGCGACGUCGCUCAUCAACAUCGUCGUCGAGAUGUCCACUGCCGACGGCAACGCGCAACAGGGCAUCUUCAUGGAGAACGGCAGCGGCGGUUUCAUGGGUGACCUUGUCUUCAACGGAGGCAAGUACGGUGUCUGGCUCGGAAACCAGCAGUUUACCGUCCGCAACAUCACCGUCAACAACGCGGCGACCGGAAUAUUCAUGCAGUGGAACUGGGGCUGGACGUUCCAGGGCGUAACGCUCAACAACUGCGGUGUCGGGUUUGACCUCACAACUGGUGGUUUGACUGAAGACACUCAGACCGUUGGCGCGGAAGCAAUCAUCGACGCUGUUGUAAACGACACGCCCAUAUUUUUGCGUUCCUCGACCAAUUCCGACGGGUCGUUGCAUGGGUCGCUCGUCCUCAACAAUGUCAAGCUGAGCAACGUGCCGACCGCAGUCAGCGUCACCGACGGUACUGUCGUUCUCGCCGGCACGUCCGGAUCCACUACAAUCGACUCCUGGGGCCAAGGCAACGUCUACACUGGCACUUCGCAGACCGGCACGUUCCAGCAGGCGGAUCUCCCCGUUCCGAGCAAGGCCGCGAGCCUCCUCGACAGCGCCGGCAGGAUCUUCGGAAGGGCACACCCUCAGUACCCGACUUACGCUACCAGUCAGAUCGUCAGCGUUCGCGACAAAGGCGCUGCCGGCGAUGGUUCGACCGACGAUACCGCUGCCCUCCAGGCCGUUUUCGACGACUUUGCUUGCAACAGCAUCAUCUUCGUUGAUCAUGGAACGUACAAGAUCACCGACACGCUCACCAUCCCCGCCGGUGCGCGUGUGGUUGGUGAAGUCUGGCCCGUGAUCUUGGGCUCCGGAGACGCUUUCAACGACCAGAGCAACCCGAAGCAAGUAGUCAAGGUCGGAAACUCCGGGGACACUGGCACCAUCGAGAUAACAGACAUCCUCUUCGCCACUCAAGGCCCCACCGCCGGCGCCAUCGUCGUUGAAUGGAACAUCCACGAGGACGCGCAGGGUACCGCGGGCAUGUGGGACUCACACAUCCGUCUCGGAGGCGCCGUCGGCACCGACUUGCAGGUCAGCCAGUGCCCGUCCGGCUCAGACAACAGCGCCUGCAUGGCUGCCUUCCUCGCGCUUCACAUCACCACCGAUGCCACCGCCUACCUCGAGGGCACAUGGGUGUGGCUCGCCGACCACGAUCUCGACGACAACGCCCAAGGCCAACUCACCCAGUUCAGCGGGCGCGGUAUCCUCUCGGAGAGCCAAGGCCCCGUGUGGCUCAUCGGUACCGGCAGCGAGCAUCACGCGUUGUACCAGUACUCGCUCGUCAAUGCUGCGGACCAUUACAUGGGCCUCAUUCAGACCGAGACGCCGUACUACCAACCGGAUCCGGCUCCUCCGACUCCUUUCGCGACCAACAGCGACUACAACGACCCGACGACCCCUGACCAGGCUGCAUGGGGUCUGUCUGUCCAGAAUUCGAAGAACAUCUUGGUCUUCGGUGCCGGCCUAUACAGCUUCUAUCAAAACUACGCUCAGGAUUGUCUCGACACCUUCAACUGCCAGUCUCAGAUCCUGAAUAUUGACUCGGAUUCGACCAUCGACAUAUUCAGCUUGAGUACCGUUGCUACCACAUGGAUGCUAUCCAUCGAGUCCUCCGGAGUUAUCCCGCAGAGCGACAACAGGGACGGAUUCCAGAGCACCAUAACUGCGUGGACAAGAUCAUAG